AUGGAAAAUCAGAACAAUGUCACUGAAUUUGUCUUCUUGGGACUAUGGGAGAAUAAGCAAAUUGAGCUGCUCUUCUCUUUCUUGUUCCUGCUCUGUUACUUGGCAGUCUUACUGGGGAACUUCAUCAUCUUACACACAAUCACCUGCAGCCAUCUGAUUGAACAACCUGUGUACUUCUUCCUCUGCCACCUCUCCCUCAUGGACCUCUUCUUCACCUCCAAUGUGGUUCCCAGUCUAAUCAGAGACUUAGCUGCAGGGAGAAAAAUCAUAUCCUAUAGUGCUUGUAUGAUCCAGCUGUUCUGUGGCCACUUGCUUGCAGGUGUGCAAGUAUUCAUCUUAGUGUCUAUGGCUUUUGACCACUAUGUUGCCAUUGUCAAGCCCUUGCACUACAUGGUCAUCAUGAACCGACAGAGGUGCAACAUUCUUAUAAUGGUGGCCUGGGGCUUGGGUUUUGGGCACUCUAUUGCUCUACCGCUCAUGGUCCUCAAUGUACCUUUCUGUGGCCCUAAUGAGAUUAAUCAUUACAUGUGUGAUGUGAAGCCUCUUUUGAAACUGGUCUGUAAAGAUAUUCAUGUUGUCAAUAUCUUAGCUAUCAUUAAUUCAGGCAUUGUGUUGAUUGUAGUGUUUCUUGUCCUGGUGGCAUCUUACAUAAACAUACUGUACAAUCUUAGGACAUGCUGCUUUACAGGGCGACACAAAGCUCUCUCAACCUGUAGCUCUCAAGUCAUGGUUGUAGUUUUGUUUUUUGUGCCCUGUAUCUGUACCUAGCCUGCUGGUAGUGAGAACAAGGACAAGGAAAUCUCUGUGUUUUACACUGUGAUUUCCCCCAUGUUAAAUCCUCUCAUUUAUUCCCUGAGAAAUGCCGAGAUGAAAAUUGCCAUGCAGAAGGAAUGUUUUCAUACGGCAUGUUCAGAAUUGAAGUAA